ACUGACAACCAUCAAUGGCCAUCAAUAUUGCAAGUCAUCAUCUUACAAUUUGAUGGGUUCACCUAUGUAACAGAAUGAUAUGUCAUUCCAUAUUAUAUCUACCACUUGAAAAUUUUACAACGGUCUGCUUGGGCAUAGGAAUCAAAGUUGUACUUUAUUUCCAUGUGCAUUCUUUGUUUCGCUCAAGUAGCUAUUGGCUCACAUGAAAUGAGAAAACACUCCUUUAUCCAAUUUGGUUUUAUUAAUUUUAUUUUAUUUUCAGGGAAUUAAGCUGAUAUUUUUUUGGGGACAUAUUUUUCACUCAGUUGCAUUUGGUCUUAUAAGUAACAAUCCGUUUCUUUCCUUAGUUCAUACUUUUCUCAAUUUACCAGUAUUUAUACAACCCCUUACUUAUCCUUUCCAAUCCAUAACAACAACAUAUUCAUCGAAAUCCACGCCAUUGUAACUCAUCGUGUACCCAUAAUUCCAAAUCAUUCCACUUUAUUUUUCAGCGCCAAAAGUUAUACAUAUCAUUUCCACAUAAACUACCUUUAACAUGACAGGAUUGGGUAUUGUACUCGAGGAAUCCGCCACCGGCGCCCACCGGGAGUACGGGGCGGUCGAAAACUCUGAGAUAUUGUUGCCACCAUUGCCCGACAUAAAUGAUUUGAAUGAGUCGUUGACAUCGCUGGGGUCGCUCAAAGACGAAGACAUGGACGACGCAGAAAACUCCGCCAGUGACAAAGGUGGGCCUGGCUCGUUGGAGAACAACGGCACCUUUGAAGAAAACCAGUUUUUCUAUCAGAAUUAUCACAGUUCAUUGUCGACUUACGAGUUGGACAGUCCCAGCAUCACCUUGGACAACAGCCAACUUUUUCCCACCAUUUCCAACUCCACCACCAACUCCACCUCCAACCUGGGUGCUAAGGACAACAGUAACAACACCUCACCAUUGCGCCGUCUCAAGAGCUUCAAGCAGACGAUGAGAAAGUUGUCCUUGUCGAAGUCAUCCACCAAUAUCGCUGCCACCGCACCCAUAACUUCGAGUACCACCAUCAACUCGGGGCUCUUUGGUACCACCGCUGCCACUACCACCCCCGCCGCCGCUGUCACAGUGCCCCACGAGAGACCACAGGUGAAUCCAUUGCAGAGCCAUUUCAAGACCUUGAGCCAAGAUAGUAACGGGUCCAACGCCACCUACGAUUCAAAACUCAAGUGUCACACGCCUACAACCCCUCCGUUCUCAUCGCCCAUUAUUACGUUGUCGGACAAAUUGAGUAGCAGCAAAGACGACUACUUAAUGAAGAUUGAACAAAACUACUUUGGCAACCUCAACGGAUACGUCAGUGAUGACGACCAUACCAACCUCAUGAAUUUCUUCAACUACUUGGUGAACGAGAAGAACGUCAUCAGCGAGACGUUCAACUUGACGAGAAAUCGGCUUGUUAAAAGUGGUUGGUGUUCUAGUGAUGACUUGAACAACUUGAGUUUGCAAAAAACCUGCCAGCUCAACCAGAUCGACUCCAAGUUGAACGAAAUCAACUUAAAGUUGACUAAAGCUAACGAAUUAUGAUUUAUAGAAUGUACUUAUAGAAGGAUGUAGAAUACACGGGCAAUAAGAGAUGUGGGUAGUUGAGGAUUUAAACGGGGAUCAAUUAUUAAUUAAGGUUUGAGUCCUUAGGCUCUCCUUCAUAGACGGGCUCGCUCCCCACACGCGGCCGCUUGUGCGGGCGGGUCGCAUUCCGGCGGUGGCGUUUGCUGCUCACAUGGAGCUCCCAUUUGUCCUUUCCCACCGCCACCACCGGGUUUCCCAGUUUAUCUUUGCAAAUAUUACAGGAAAAAUGCUGCCAGUUGUUACUUGAUUCCAACCUUUUGUUGCUAUUGACGAUGGCUGUAU